GGGACGAGGAGGAGGAUUGGGGUGAGGAGACGGAGGAGGGGCUCACGGGGCAAGGAGGGGGAGGGGCUGAUCCGUCUGGCAUGGGCAUCGCCGGCCUCCCUUCCGACAUCCUGGUGGAGGUGACUGCCAGAAUCGCGGGGGAGUCGACGACGCCCCUGGACGACAUCGUCAGCCUCAGGCGAUCAUGCAAGGUGUUCCGCGACGCGACGGCGGCGAGGGAGGUGGGCCGGUGCAUGGCGGUGGACAGGGAGUGGCGUCUGCACUGGUGGGACAAGGAGAGGUUCCUCUCGGUGCUCGGGGAGUGCGCGGCCACCGGCAACCCCGAAGCGUCCUACAUCCUCGGCCUGGAGGAAAUCUGCAACCAUAGGGGAAAGGAGAGCGGGCUCCGGCACCUCCACCACGCCAUGAAGCACGGCCAUGCCGUCGCGGCCUACACCAUCGGCAUGAUUAUGCUGCGUGACGCUUACAAUAUCGAAGGCAUCGAGGAGGCAAUGGGAUAUCUGGAGGGAUGCUCUGCAGCAAGAACAAAGAGCAAGAUCAAGAUUGCUUCCGUACGCAGAGAGGCUGCUUCGGUCAUGAGAAGGCUGACGAUGCGCCGCUGGAGGACGGCCGAGCCUGCCGCUCCCUGCGCCGACCAGCGGUGCGGGGAGAUGGAGACGGCGGAGGCCUGGGACGAGGACGACGAACAGAGGAGGUUCUGCAGCCGGCUGUGCAGAUGGAAACAUGAAUACCGCAAAUUUGUGCAGUGGAUUUAACGAUUUGAUUCAUUAGUAGGCUGUCGGCCACUCUGCCGGCAGUAAAAGUUGUGAGACACAAUUUCAGAUUUAUCACUUUAUGCUUCUCCAA